UUAUUAAAGCUCUAGGCUUUUGGUUUAAAUUACUUAUUUUCUUUAUCCAGAUACAAAGAACUGAUGCCACAUGAUUUGUCUCGGGCAGCACUUUCGGGUUUGUUGCAUCGGACAAGUGUCCCCAGGGAAGUAGUUGAUUAUAUCAUCUUUGGAACAGUUAUACAGGAAGUGAAAACAAGCAAUGUGGCCAGAGAGGCUGCUCUUGGAGCUGGCUUCUCUGAUAAGACCCCUGCUCACACUGUCACCAUGGCUUGCAUCUCUUCUAACCAGGCCAUGACCACAGGUGUCGGCUUGAUUGCUUCUGGCCAGUCUGAUGUGGUUGUGGCAGGUGGUGUAGAGCUAAUGUCUGACAUCCCUAUUCGUCAUUCAAGGAAAAUGCGGAAAAUGAUGCUUGAUCUCAAUAAAGCCAAGACUCUGGGUCAACGACUGUCUUUACUUUCUAAAUUCAGAUUGAAUUUCCUGUCACCGGAGCUCCCUGCUGUGGCCGAGUUCUCCACCAGUGAGACCAUGGGCCACUCUGCAGACCGUCUGGCUGCCGCCUUUGCUGUUUCACGGCAGGAACAGGAUGAGUAUGCACUGCGCUCGCACAGCCUGGCCAAGAAGGCACAGGAUGAAGGACUCCUUUCCGAUGUUGUGCCCUUCAAAGUACCAGGAAAAGACACAGUUACCAAGGAUAAUGGCAUUCGUCCUUCCUCCCUAGAGCAGAUGGCCAAACUUAAGCCUGCAUUCAUCAAGCCAUAUGGUACAGUGACAGCUGCAAACUCUUCUUUCCUGACUGAUGGUGCAUCUGCAGUGCUGAUAAUGGCAGAGGAAAAGGCGCUGGCCCUAGGUUAUAAGCCAAAGGCGUAUUUGAGGGAUUUUGUAUAUGUGUCUCAAGAUCCAAAAGAUCAGCUUUUACUUGGACCAACAUAUGCUACUCCAAAAGUUCUGGAAAAGGCAGGAUUAACAAUGAAUGACAUUGAUGCUUUUGAAUUUCAUGAAGCCUUCUCAGGUCAGAUUUUGGCUAAUUUGAAAGCCAUGGAUUCUGAUUGGUUUGCACAAAACUACAUGGGUAGAAAAACCAAGGUUGGAUUGCCUCUUUUGGAGAAGUUUAACAACUGGGGUGGAUCACUGUCCUUGGGCCACCCAUUUGGAGCCACUGGCUGUCGGCUGGUCAUGGCAGCUGCCAACAGGUUACGGAAGGAAGGAGGCCAAUAUGGCUUAGUGGCUGCCUGUGCAGCUGGAGGGCAGGGCCAUGCUAUGAUAGUAGAAGCUUAUCCAAAAUAAUAGAUCAAGAAGAGGCAACCUGAAUUUCUGUGUAACAUUCACGCUAGGCAAUGCCAUAUCGGUGCAAUACUAAAGGAGAUCUAUAGUUUCUAGCUCCUCUGAGGAAAACAAAUUUAUGGCCUUCUGGUAAACACUCUGCAGUAGCUUUGCUGGUGUUCUGAGCUUUCCAAUAAUCACAGCUUACUGCUUUCAGGGAUUUCUUAGUCACCGGAAUCUCACCCAGUGAUACGCUGAAGCAAUCGCUUUUGGUCUCUCUUUUCAUUAAAGGCUUAGUGAGUGGUUGCAGCUUGGGAAAGAAGUUAAUUAGAUUUGGAAUCAUCUUUGUAACAUUUGCAAAUUAUGCUCAUUCCUAUUUAUUACCUAAAGAUAAGUGUUUUCUAGAAAAUACACACCAGUGUGCCUACAUGAACUUAAGUAUGGAAAGAUAAUUUAGAAUCUAAACAUCACUGAAAACUUAACAGUAAAUGUUUAGAUACAUAAAUACCAUGUUUGUUAACAUUAAUAAAAUGGAAAAGUAUUGGAGAACUA